UUUUUUUUUUUUUUUACCCCCCCUCCUGUUUGAAUUGCCCUCGCUGCUGCAUCUCAACAUAAUUAAAGUCAAAUAUCUGUGGAUAAGGAGCAGCGCUGGGUGUUGUCAGCGAGGGAUGAGAGAAGGAGGAGGAGGGGGCAGUAUGAGGUGUGCUUUUUUUGGAAAAGCCGGAGAAAGACAGACACCGAGAAGGUGUACUGAUGUGCGAAAGCCUGCGACUCGUUACCCUCCUGAGAAAUAAUUGCGAUCCGGGAAGAAAUGGCCUAGUUUGAACAUCAUCGACACGCCGGCAGAGGAUAGAAAAGAAGAAAAUCGUGUUUAGAUACAUGGACGGGCCAUUAUCAUCAUCAUCAUCUUCAUCAUCAUAAUUCCGGUGCUUGCAUCGAGUCUUUGAGGUGUAAUUGGCUUCCUGACUGCAGCUCUGGACCCAUCAGGAGAUCCAAAGAGGAAGACGGAUGAGACCACAGUGUCUACCUGAGAAUGCUACCUGUCCAAUUGCCUCACCAUGUCACUAUAGGAGAACUGUUAACCUGUCCCCAUCCACAAAUCCUCUUUUUUCCUUCGUUAUCCCCAGUAAACCUCUGAGUUUGUGGUCCCUCUCUACACCCCUCCUGAAGUGAAAUGACUAAGAGAGCUUUUAUUUUGGACAUGUUGUUUUUUCCUCUCAAUGCUGCCAGCCACCAGGGCUAUGGUGGAAAGCGUCAUUAUACAUCACAGCAGGUCGCCAAUCACUGUCUGCUGUGGCUACUGGGACUGGUUUUACACCUCACUCUUUCCACAUGUCAACGAGUCGACCUGAAGCACCCCAUAGUAUCCACAGGCUACGGGAAAGUCCGUGGGAUCAGAAAGGAGCUGAACAAUGAGAUCCUGGGUCCUGUGGAACAGUUCUUAGGUGUGCCAUAUGCCACUGCACCUAUCGGGGAGCGUCGCUUCCAGCCUCCUGAGGCUCCAGGAUCCUGGCAAGAGAUCCGCAACGCCACCCAGUUUGCCCCGGUGUGUCCCCAGAAUGUGCACGGGGUUUUACCUGAGAUCAUGCUACCCGUGUGGUUCACAGACAACCUGGAUGCUGCAGCGACUUAUGUCCAGAACCAGAGCGAAGACUGCCUUUACCUCAACAUCUACAUACCUACUGAAGAUGGGCCGCUCACAAAAAAACAAGAUGAGUCUACGAUGAACAGACCAAGGGAUGAAGAUAUUCGAGACCGUCGUAAGAAGCCUGUGAUGCUCUUCAUCCAUGGGGGCUCCUACAUGGAGGGCUCAGGGAACUUGUUUGACGGCAGCGUCCUCGCCGCCUAUGGAAACGUCAUCGUGGUAACCAUGAACUAUCGCCUCGGUGUGCUUGAGUAA